UGCUCUUCCCCGGCUCUUUCAGCUAGUGACUUGUCGGCGUGGCGAGAGGCGGCUGCCCCGGCUUGCGGUGGUGCCGCCGGUGCCUGCCGUAAUAGCACCUGGAUGGAAACGUUUUUGCUUUAUUCCGAGAUAAGGGUGAGCUAUACGGCCAGCCAUGCCAGCUCUUGAAGAGGUUAAGGUGAAGCCAGCUCUUCAGGGGCUUCCUUGUUGCUCCCGAAAUGGUUGUCUUGGAGGGUCCUCCCGGCUUCGGAAGGGGCUUCUCUGGUUGUGUGUCACGUAGUGGCACUGCCUGCUUUAUGCUGGGCUUCACGGUUUUCAGAAGAAAAAGCUGAAGGUGUCCCCAGAGCUAAAAUCAUUAGUAUUUGAUGACUGCAGGAAAGAGGAAGAAUGGAAGAUAAUUCUUUUAGAUGAUUACACCACUAAAUUACUGUCACUGUGCUGCAAAAUGACUGAUUUACUGGCAGAGGGUAUCACAGUGGUGGAGAAUGUAUAUAAAAACCGUGAGCCUGUCCCACACAUGAAAGCAAUAUAUUUCAUAACACCCACCAAAAAGUCUGUAGAUGGACUUAUUGAUGACUUCAUCACUAAAUCAUCCAGCAGAUACAAAGCAGCAUAUGUGUAUUUCACUGACUUUUGUCCUGACAACCUUUUCAAUAAAAUUAAGUCUUCCUGUGCAAAAUCAAUAAGGAGAUGCAAGGAGAUCAACAUUUCCUUCUUCCCAUAUGAGUCUCAGGUAUUUACUCUCAAUGUCCCUGAUGCGUUCUACCGCUGUUACAGUCCAACUCUGGAAAAGACAAAGGAUAAAGAUGCUGUAAUGCAAGUAAUGGCUGAACAAAUUGUUACCUUAUGUGCCACGCUAGAUGAGAAUCCAGGAGUACGAUAUAAAAGCGGACCAUCUGAUAAAGCCAGCAAACUUGCACAGCUUGUUGAAAAAAGUCUUGAAAACUACUACAAAACUGAUGAGAAAAGCCAAAUAAAGGCUAAAACCCACUCCCAACUAAUAAUAAUUGAUCGUGGCUUUGACCCAGUGUCAACUGUACUUCAUGAACUCACCUUCCAGGCAAUGGCAUAUGAUCUGCUACCAAUUGAAAAUGAUACUUACAAAUACAAAACAGAAGGACCUGCUGGGAAGGAACGGGAGGCAAUUCUGGAGGAAGAUGAUGAGCUCUGGGUGAAGAUUCGGCACAAGCAUAUUGCAGAUGUGAUAGAGGAAAUACCAAAACUUUUGAAAGAAGUUUCAUCAAAAAGAAAAGCAACAGAAGGAAAAUUAUCGAUAUCUGCUCUGGCCCAGUUAAUGAAAAAGAUGCCGCACUAUCGUAAAGAGAUUAGUAGGCAAGUUGUUCAUCUUAACUUGGCAGAAGAUUGCAUGAGCAAGUUCAAAUCUAACAUAGAAAGGCUCUGUAAAACUGAACAGGACUUGGCUCUUGGAACUGAUGCAGAAGGUCAAAAAGUGAAAGAUUCAAUGAGAGUCCUCCUUCCAGUUCUGCUUAACAAAAGUCAUGAGAGCUACGACAAAAUUCGAGCUAUUCUCCUGUAUAUCUUUAGCACAAAUGGAACUACCCAGGAGAACUUGGACAAGCUGAUCCAGAAUGUACAAAUAGAAACUGAUAGUGAUAUGAUAAGAAAUUGGAAAUACCUUGACGUUCCUGUUAUCUCUUCAUCUGCUGCUCAGCAGCAUAAACACCAAAGAAGGGACCGUUCUUCAGAAGAAACUUACCAACUUUCUAGGUGGACGCCUAUUAUCAAAGAUGUUAUGGAGGAUGCCAUAGAAAACAAACUAGAUUCAAAAGACUGGCCUUAUUGUUCCCAGUGUCCUCCUACCUGGAAUGGUUCAGGAGCAGUAAGUGCUCGCCAGAAACCUAAAGCUAGUUAUCAAGAUGAGCGAAAGAGUAGUGCAAGACUAAUUAUAUUUGUGAUUGGAGGAAUUACAUAUUCUGAGAUGCGCAGUGCUUAUGAAGUUUCUCAAGUCUACAAGUCCUGUGAAGUUGUUAUUGGUUCUACUCAUAUUUUGACACCUAAAAGACUACUGGAUGAAGUGAAGAGCCUUAGUAAACCGAAGGAUAUGGUGUGCAUUAAGGAUGAAUAGAAAUGGUGGUGUUCAUGAUGCAUUAGGAAAAGACAAAUAGUAUGUACAUAUCCUUAUGGAAUUGACUUUUCUAAAUACUGUACCAGGACACUAUAUGGUUCUGACUAAUGGAGUGUAAUUUAAACUUGCUGCUUUUUUGGGGGAGUAGAAGGCAGAGAGAGGAAAAAAUCAACACAUGUGUUUCUUAAGUUGUAUUUAGUAUAGACAGUGUUACACUGUAAGUGCUUUUUCAAAAGGGCAUGGUCGUUCCUAACAAAUUAUGCUAAAAGUUAUCAUGAUUACAUAUAAACUGGAAUUAUCUUUGAGAACUGUGAAAUCUUUCUAUAAUAGAGUUUAUUUCUAAAAAUGAUUAAAUUAAAAAGGGCCUAGGUUCUUAGGUAGAGUAAAAUACCUGUAAAUAUGAGUUUAUGGUAAAAAUAUUUCACAAGUGCGGUAUCUUAAACUGUAAUAUUUUCUGUAAAAUAACUCUCUGAAAAUUCUUUAAAUAUAUGUAACUGUGAAAAACCAAAAGGUGUUUUUAGAUGGUGGUGGAUAAGGUAAAAAGUUAAUCACAGAAGUACUAAGCAGUUCUAAUUUCAAUAAAUAACUUUGGAGAAAUGCUGCAACUGUGCACUGAAGUACACUUUAUAUUUAAGUAUAUACAGGGAUUAUUCUACAGCUUUUUAAAAAAACUUUGACUUCUUACAAACUUUCUUAUGAUUGUGUCUACAUAGCUUGUCUGUUUUAGAAGUUGAAUUGCCUGUGAUAUAGA